AUGGCCUACACCGCGGUGACGGCGGCGACCGGGGCGGAGUUCUCCUCGAGGGUGGCCCUGACCAGCAGCAUGGAGCCGGCGAUCGAGCGGGGCGACCUCCUCCUCUUCCGCAAGGGCGGCGGUGGUGACCCUAUCCGAGCGGGCGACGUGGUCCUGUUCAAGCCGGCUCGCGACGACAUCCCGGUCGUCCACUGUGUCAUCGAGGUCCACGAGCGGCGAGAAGACGGCGGCGGCGGCGGCGGAGUGGACAUCCUGACAAAAGGGGACAACAAUGGCGUCGACAAUUCGGAGUUCUUGUACAACGAGCCAUGGCUGCACCGUCACCAUGUCAUGGCGAAGGCGGUCGGGUACCUGCCUAACGCUGGCUGGCCGAGCAUUGCCAUGUACGAGAAGCCAGUGGUUCGCAAAGUCAUCGUUGGGGUUCUGGGGCUAGGAGUGCUGGUUACUGCACUCCUUUAA